UGGUGAUAGUUAGAUUGGCCACUGAAACUACAGCAAAGGAAGAGUGGAUGCUGUAGAUCACGGUUAAGGGGAAGAUUUUCAACGUUUUUCGUUUUUUAGGAAUUAUAUCACCUUAACACCAGGAUUUACAAAUUUACAACGGUUGCAACGCGUGGAAAGGUUAAAGAAUAAGCGCAAUAAUGAAAUCAACGGCGAUCUUUUUGCUACUGAUGCUGUGUAACUGCGAGAGCGCGAGAUUCGCAGAAAGUAGAGAUGACAACAGCGUUUACGACCUGUUCGAGCUCAUCCAGGUGCCGAGGAAAAACCACGGGGUCACUCUAGUAAAAGGCGACGACCCCUACAGUCCCGCCUACAGGAUCAUGAACCCCGACCAGAUUCCCCCGGUCCCCGAAAGCGCUUUUAGGGACCUGAUCGACUCCAUUCACGCGGAGAGAGGAUUUCUGUUUCUGGCCAAUUUCAAGCAGUUUAAGAAGACGAGGGGAAGCAUUCUGAGCGUUGAGAAAAAGGACGGGUCCGGAGUCGUGUUCGAGAUCAUUUCCAACGGGAAGGCGAACACCCUGGACAUAGUGUUUUCCACCGAGAAUAAACAACAGGUCGUGUCCAUCGAUGAAGCGGAUUUGGCGGUGGGACAUUGGAAGAACAUCACGCUUUUCGUGCAGGAGGACAGGGUUCAAUUUUAUGUGGGAUGCGAGGAGGUGAAUACGGCGGAGCUUGAUGCCUCUAUCCAAAACAUUCUCACCCAGGACACCCCAGGUGUGGCGAACUUGAGGGUCGGAAAGGGCGCGGUGAAGGACAAGUUCAUGGGCGUGCUGCAAAACGUGCGCUUUGUCUUCGGGACCACACUGGAGGCUAUACUGAGGAAUAAAGGAUGCCAAAGCUCAGCAAUGCUUCCUUUUUUCAACAUAACUGGAUCCAGACCUGCAAUCAGAACUGAUUUCACUGGACACAAAACAAAGGACCUUCAGAUGAUCUGUGGCUUUUCAUGUGAAGAUAUGGCCAGCAUGUUCAAGGAACUCAAAGGUCUUGGUGUGGUGGUGCAAGAGCUAUCCAAUGAACUCCGCAAAGUAACAGAUGAGAAUAACAUGCUCAUGAAUAGCAUAGGUGUCCAUAAAGGUGUCUGUCUUCACAACGGAAUAGUGCACAAUAACAAGGACGAAUGGACAGUAGAUGACUGCACAGAGUGCACUUGCCAGAACUCUGCAACGGUGUGCCGCAAGAUUUCGUGCCCCCUUAUACCAUGUGCGAAUGCCACAGUGCCUGAUGGGGAGUGCUGCCCUCGCUGUGGAACCCCAAGUGACUCUGCUGAGGACGGCUGGUCCCCCUGGUCUGAAUGGACCCAUUGUUCAGUGUCCUGUGGAAGGGGCAUUCAGCAGCGCGGGCGCUCCUGUGACCGCAUCAAUAACAACUGCGAGGGCACAUCGGUGCAGACAAGAGACUGCUACCUUCAGGAGUGUGACAAGCGAUUCAAGCAAGAUGGCAGCUGGAGUCAUUGGUCACCUUGGUCCUCCUGUUCUGUUACUUGUGGUGUCGGUGUCAUCACCCGCAUUCGUCUCUGUAACUCUCCAACUCCACAGAGAGGCAAAGAUUGCCAAGGGGAAGGCCGACAGACCGAGAGGUGUGAGAAAUCACCCUGUCCAAUCAAUGGUGGCUGGGGACCGUGGUCUCCUUGGGACACUUGCUCCACUACCUGUGGGGGCGGCUUCCAAAGCCGUAAGCGCCUUUGCAAUAAUCCAGUACCUAAGUAUGGCGGUAAAGAGUGUGUGGGAGAUGUAAAGUCCUCACAGCAAUGCAACAAACAAGCCUGCCCAAUUGAUGGAUGUCUUUCGAAUCCAUGCUUUGCUGGGGCCCAAUGCACAAGCUUCCCAGAUGGAUCCUGGAAAUGUGGAAAAUGUCCCACAGGUUACACCGGCAAUGGAAUUGACUGCAAAGACAUCAAUGAGUGUGAGGAAGUCCCCGAUGCUUGCUUUGAAUUCAAUGGAGUCCACAGGUGUGAGAACACAGUACCCGGCUACAACUGCCUGCCAUGCCCCACACGCUACACCGGCCCACAGCCGUUUGGUAAAGGGGUGGAGGACGCUGCUUCUAAGAAACAGGUGUGCACGCCGCGUAAUCCCUGCCUCGAUGGCAGCCAUGACUGCAACAAGAACGCUCGCUGCAACUACCUGGGCCAUUUUGCCGAUCCCAUGUACCGCUGCGAGUGCAGGCCUGGCUUCGCUGGAAACGGACACAUCUGUGGAGAGGACACGGAUCUUGACGGCUGGCCUAAUGCUGAUCUUGUGUGUGUGGAGAAUGCAACUUAUCAAUGCAAGAAGGAUAACUGUCCCAAUCUUCCAAACUCCGGUCAAGAAGACUACGACAAGGAUGGAGUCGGCGACGCAUGUGAUAAUGACGAUGAUGACGAUGGCAUUUCUGAUGAUAGGGACAACUGCCCGCUCGUGUUCAACCCAAGACAGUACGACUACGACCGCGAUGAUGUGGGAGACCGCUGCGAUAACUGUCCCUACAACAGCAACCCGGACCAGACCGACACAGAUAACAAUGGGGAAGGGGAUGCCUGUGCCAUUGACAUCGAUGGAGAUGGUAUUUUGAAUGAGAACGACAACUGCCCGUAUCUGUACAAUGUAGACCAAAAAGACACAGAUUUAGAUGGAGUGGGUGACCAAUGUGACAACUGUCCUCUGGAGCACAACCCAGACCAGCUUGACUCUGACUCUGAUCGUGUUGGAGACAAAUGUGACAGCAAUGAGGAUAUCGAUGAGGACGGUCACCAAAACAACCUAGACAACUGCCCAUACAUUGCCAAUGCAAACCAGGCCGAUCAUGACAAGGAUGGCAAAGGAGACGCCUGCGACUACGAUGAUGAUAACGACGGCAUCCCUGAUGAAAAAGAUAACUGCAGAUUGGUUCCCAAUCCAGAUCAAGUGGAUUCUGAUGGCGAUGGACGUGGAGAUGCUUGUAAAGACGACUUUGACGACGACAACGUCCCAGAUAUCUAUGACGUCUGCCCGGAGAACGUUGACAUUAGUGAGACAGACUUCCGCAAGUUUCAGAUGGUACCACUGGAUCCCAAGGGCACUUCCCAGAUCGAUCCCAACUGGGUUGUUCGACACCAGGGCAAGGAACUUGUUCAGACAGUUAACUGUGACCCUGGCAUUGCAGUCGGUUUUGAUGAGUUCAACGCAGUGGAUUUUAGCGGAACUUUCUUCAUUAACACGGACAGAGACGACGACUACGCCGGAUUUGUUUUCGGAUACCAGUCCAGCUCUCGUUUCUACGUGGUUAUGUGGAAGCAGAUCACACAGACUUAUUGGUCCCACACACCAACCAAAGCACAGGGUUACUCAGGGCUGUCAAUCAAAGUGGUUAACUCCACCACCGGGCCUGGUGAGCAUUUAAGGAACGCUCUAUGGCACACCGGAGAUACUCCAGGACAGGUGCGCACAUUGUGGCAUGACCCAAAGAACGUUGGAUGGAAGGACUUCACUGCUUACAGAUGGCACUUGACCCACAGACCAAGAACUGGACACAUAAGAGUGGUCAUGUAUGAAGGCAAAAAAAUCAUGGCAGAUUCCGGUAGAAUUUACGACAAGACAUAUGCAGGUGGAAGACUGGGUCUCUUUGUUUUCUCACAAGAGAUGGUUUACUUCUCAGACCUCAAAUAUGAAUGCAGAGAUAUGUAAUUGCACAGGCAGGAAGUUUAUCAAAGAAUGCACCUUUCUGUCCGGAGACGGAUUUGAUGUUACUUUUUCUGCUGUUGCUCACACACUGGUGGAGUGAGAAAGCAGGCGGUCAAUUUUAAUGUAAUCGUCGCUGGUUGAGAUAGACACCAACUAGCUACCAAUGCAGAAUCUGGACUCCUCCACCAUUAGCAGGUAGAGCAGAAAAACAAACCAGUCUUCCUUGCUUUGCUUAAAUGGGAAGACAAGUAUCUCUCUCUGAAAAACCUCAAUCAGCUCUGUAUGGGAAGAGCUCCCAUGGCAGACAGCUAUGCACUUCAAACAUUCACUCUCUCUCUUACACAAAAAAAACGAACAUUUUUAACCCCUCCGUCUCUGUAGGCCAGACAAUUAAAGCAAGUUUAGAGAGAGCACAACCAUUUAAAAUGACCAUCAUUACGAUCAAAACAAAACACUUUUUUGUAAGAGGAUCCAUAUAUCAAUGUCUGUCUAAAAUUUGCUUAGCUAAGUCUCUUAAGUUUCAUAUUUGUUCAUAAAGGAUCGGCGGGAGACAUCUGAUGGUUUAGCGAGCAUAGUUUUCUCAGGGCUAGAUGGUUAAACCAUUUUAACAAUUCAUUAGAAAUGGCAUAAUGAAAGGUUUCACUUGCGUGAAACGAAAUCGGAUUAAGGUUUGAAGAUUCUCCAAAGUGAUGAAUGUUCCACAACUAUCUCUAUAACAGGAAAUGACUCACCACAUAUGGACACUAGAUUACCAAGUAAUCUAAUGUGCUUCUCAAAUGUAAUUUGAGGCAAGUGUUAUUCAAGAGGUUAAGGGAAUGCUGAGCUUCUGUAUAGUUGUAUGUAGCACUUAGAAAUGCUUAUCAUUUGGCCGGACUGCCGAAUUUUGCUUCUAGAAGCUUAAGAGAGGGCUGUCUGUCUCUCACAAUAUAAUAAUAUAUUUAUUAUAUAACAGAACUUUUGAAUAUUUAAACAACAGAUUAAAACAAAACUUCACAUCCAUGUUUGUGAGGUGCUACUCGUCAACGCAUUUUAAAAUCAAAAACCAUUCGUACAUCACUUUUAAGUCUGAAUAGUGUGUUUGACUGCCUUUCUGAAGAGAAAGAGAGAGAUAGAGAGAGAGAGAGAAAGGAAAACUUUGAUGUACAAAUAUUACCUCAUUACUGUUUUGUAAUUUGAUCGAGCAAAAGCUUUUCAUACAUGACUUUUUCCUUUGCUUAAAGAAAACAAAUUUUGCCUUAUUGCUACUGUAGCACGUUGUAAAUAGUAUUCUUUAUUGAAGAAACGCCCUGCCCAACACACCAGUGGAAAAUAAAGUAAAACGGAAGACAACUUUUUUUAGGAAUACAACCUUUAUAUUCCUUCAAAUGUCCAGUACUUUUUGUAAGAUGAUAAAUUAUUGCUCUGUUUGUUGUCUUUGUUUGUAAGACUGUUUCAUAUAUGUGUAUGUGUAUGUGUGUGUAGAUAAAUGCUAUUUAAAUAAUUUAUCGUGGAGUGCAGCCUAAGAGGGAAGCAUUUCCGUCUGUAUAAACAGUUUGCACACUGAGGUGAAGAUGUUUUCUUCAUUGUUUUUAUCUUUGUUGUGUUGUUAUUUUUGUAUAAUUAGUAAUGCUUGACUGUAAACAUUUUUACUUAGUUUUUACUUGCGAAAUGCUAUUUUUAUGUAUGGCAAUUAUUUUGGUACAUAUUUCUGAAUAAUAAACAGAUGGUAGACAUUGUAAAAACA